AUAAUCUAUGUGAUGAUGUUGAAUCAACGUGGAAAACUGAUUGGAUUUGCAAACAGUUAUUGACAUAAGGGAAUUGUCUUUUUUUUGUUCACCCAACUUUGAACCCAAAUUCAAAGUCAUGGUGACAUUUUGUGUUGAUUUUACAAUGAAUUCACGUUAGUUAAUAACUCAACCAAAUGUAAAUCAAAACUACAGGUUGAACUGACGUCUGUGCCCAGUGGGUAGCCUCUGUGGUAGAACAGUCUGUUACAUUAGACAUCUUCUAGUCUCUCUCUGUGGUAGAACAGUCUGUUACAUUAGAUAUCUUCUAGUCUCUCUCUGUGGUAGAACAGUCUGUUACAUUAGAUAUCUUCUAGUCUCUCUCUGUGGUAGAACAGUCUGUUACAUUAGAUAUCUUCUAGUCUCUCUCUGUGGUAGAACAGUCUGUUACAUUAGACAUCUUCUAGUCUCUCUCUGUGGUAGAACAGUCUGUUACAUUAGAUAUCUUCUAGUCUCUCUCUGUGGUAGAACAGUCUGUUACAUUAGACAUCUUCUAGUCUCUCUCUGUGGUAGAACAGUCUGUUACAUUAGAUAUCUUCUAGUCUCUCUCUGUGGUAGAACAGUCUGUUACAUUAGAUAUCUUCUAGUCUCUCUCUGUGGUAGAACAGUCUGUUACAUUAGAUAUCUUCUAGUCUCUCUCUGUGGUAGAACAGUCUGUUACAUUAGAUAUCUUCUAGUCUCUCUCUGUGGGAAAAAGUCUCACAUUUUGUGGGGUGAGAGCAGCGGUAGACAAGGUCUGUCUAAGAUGUCUGUUGUGGCUGUGAAGUAAAGGAGCGGAAGCUAGGAUACGUCACCAGACUAACACUGCUCUGAGGACACUGCUCCACCCCCCCCCCCCCUUUCCACUGAGCUGAGACUUCUAGCGACUGAGCCUCCUAGUGAGACGCCUGGAUCCUGACAAGCAGUCUUCUUCUUCCACCUCCGUCAGGAUGAAGAACCAAAAUAAAAAAAGACGGUGUAUUUUCCUCUUAGUCUCCCUGGUUACACUUGUUUCUCCCUCUCUGGCAAGGCAAACUGACUACGCUCCCUAUUUCUAUGACAACGGACCGAGCAGCACAAAUGGGAAUAUGGCAAUGUUCAGUAUCUCAGAAGACACGGAAGUCGGAACACAGCUAUAUAUCCUAAACGGUACCGACCCAGAGGGGGAUGCCGUGUGGUUUGGCCUGACCUUUCAGAAGGGUACCAGAGAAUACAUGAGAGUGGACCCUAAGUCAGGAAACAUAACUCUCAUUCAGGAACUAGACAGAGAGAAACAAGGUGAAAUCUUAGCAUUUGUUAGCAUAACAGAUGGUCGGAAUAAGGUUGUCGAGACGAUACGGAUGUUUGUCACCGAUGCCAAUGAUGAGCGACCAGAGUUCCAGAACCUGCCUUUCACCGUGGACGUCGCCGAGGACACUGAAGCUGGAAGCAGCAUUUACAGAGUACAAGCGGUGGAUAAAGACAUAGGCUCUGGAGGCAGUGUCAACUAUUACUUACUGGGCACCACUACUACCAGGUUCACCAUCGACGGCCACAGUGGGGUCCUGCGGAUCAAAGCAGGCCAGACACUCGACUACGAGACCACAGCAACACACUUUGUGAUAGUGGUUGCCAAGGAUGGGGGUGGACAGUACAAAGGGAAGCACCAGGUGUUGACAUCUACAGCCACCAUAACCAUCAACGUCCUCGACGCUCAAGACACUCCUCCAGCCUUCAUUGGAGCUCCUUACUUUGGCUACGUCUACGAGGUCUCACUUCCUGGUUCUGAAAUAUCCACUGUGUUUGCCAAAGAUGGAGACGAAGGAAACCCUAAUCCUAUUCAUUAUUCUAUUACCAAUGGUAGUGAGGGUGUCUUCACCAUCAAUAGCACAAGUGGUUGUAUCAGCCUAUCAACUUAUCCAGUCACGCUGAGGAAUGAAUUAUAUGAAAUCCAUGUCAAGGCCACUGAGCUGGGGCCGAGUGAUGAGCUGUUGGACUACUAUACCAUGACUGUGGUGACAGUUCGAGUGGUCGACCUCAACAACCACCCUCCUACCUUCUACGGAGAGAACGGGCCCCAGAGCCAGUUCGAGGUGACCAUGUAUGAGCACCCUCCAGAGGGGGAGAUCCUCAGGGGGCUGAAGAUAACGGUCAACGACUCUGAUCAGGGGGCGAAUGCUAAAUUUAUACUGAGAUUGGUGGGGCCUGGUCGUGUACUCAGAGUGGUGCCCCAGACAGUCCUCAAUGAAGCACAGGUCACCAUCAUCGUUGAAGACUCUGCUGCCAUCGAUCACGAAAAAGGCAAAUCCUUAACAUACAAGUUACUAGCGGUGGAGAUUGACACCCCUGAGAGAUUCAGUGCGACAGCUGAUAUUGUGAUUAAUCUUUUGGACACAAAUGACAACACUCCCAGGUUCACCUCAGAGUAUUACAUCGCACGUAUCCCGGAAAACUCCCCCGGAGGCUCCAACGUAGUGACUGUCACCGCCAAUGAUCCAGAUUCUGGCCUUUGGGGUGAAGUCAAGUACUCCAUUUAUGGUUCCAGAUCUGAUUUGUUUCUCAUCCAUCCGUCUUCAGGCAUCAUAUACACCCAGGCCUGGGCCACUCUGGACGCUGAGGUAAAGUCCAAGUACAACUUCUACGUGAAGGCAGAGGACACAGAGGGCAAGUACAGCCUGGCGGAGGUGUUUGUCACCGUCCUGGACAUCAACGACCAUGUUCCAGAGUUCCAUGACAGCCUUGUGGAGCGGACCAUGGUCAUUGGUGCACCUGUUAGAGUAGAGGCAAUAGAUGCCGAUGCAGGGUCGCCCAAUAACAUCAUUGAGUAUUCCAUAAUGCAAGCUGAGCCGAACAACAUCUUCGACAUCAACGCGGAGACUGGAGAAAUCAACCUGAAGUCGUACAUCAAGUCCAUGGAGAUCGUGCAGAACAUCACCAAGCAGAAAGACUGCAGGUGGUCUCUGGUUGUCCAAGCCCGGGACCGAGGGUCUCCGUCCUUCAGCACUACCGCCGUGGUCAACAUCGACAUCACUGAGGCGACUCAAGUCAAUGGGCCUAUGGCAACCUUUUUAUUGCAAAGUAGAGACAAUCCAAUGAAGGCCCUAGGCAUGGUCGCUGGCGUCAUCAGUAUAUUGGUAGGGGUUACUGUCUUAAUCUCCACGGCUACGUUCUUGCGCAACACCAAGUCCAACAGGAUAAUGCCGGCACGACGCAUCGUCAUCAGACGGAGACCGCCAAGGGACCGCAAGCCGUGGACUUUUAACGUACCGUUCCGUGGUAACGGAAAUGACUCGUCGAACAAGUUCAUUGUAGGUGACCCGGAAGCAGGGAGUGUCAACGUCAACAACAAAGGCGGCCCCCGGUGGUCCAGGUCAAAACCCAAGCCUACGCCCCCUAGAGCUCCCUGCCUGCCCCCUCCAUCCUGCCCUCCUCCGUCCUCCAACACCAGGCCCAGUGAGAGGCCCCGGCCCUGCGAAGCAGUGCCCACCGUCUCUGGGGGCCUGACCUCCAAGGUUUCCAGGGGAUCCAGCCAGAGCAGGGAGAUCAGCAUCAGCUCUGACACUUCUAGGAUCCCCGUCAGCUCAGCCCUGGUCUCUGAACUCAAAAUGAGACUAGAGCAGAAAAUCAUUGAGAGCAACUCAAGCUAUUAUUGAACCUGAUAGUUGUAAUGUGCUUGCACUCUAACCAAUCUCUCUGUAAUUGUCUCGACUUCUGAAAGUUACUCAGUCCUAGGAUUGUAAAACUACAAAUGUAAAAGAAUGUUGAGGACAGCAGGUUAAUUUCCUUUAAAAUGUUAUUGAGGACACAAUUUCAAAGCACGUCCUUUGUCAAAGCAAUGUUCCAACACAUUGUAUUGAACCUAUUUAAUCCAACCAGUUCUACAUGUGUUCUUAAAGAUGUUAACAUCAUGUUUGAUACUCGGGCCCUGGUCCAGAAUAGUGCAGUAUUUAGGGAAUAGGGUGCCGCUUGGGAUGCACACUCUGUCAUCCAGCAUUAGAAAUAACUAGACAUGUUUCCGCUCUGCCAUCUUGAGAUCAUGUAAUGUGAUCCUUGUUAGAUAAGUCUUUGCAUUGCUGCCAUCUUGAGGAAAACAACAUGUUAACAAGAAUGUCUGAGGGGGAAAUACUGAGCUAUGUCUGAGGGAAAGAUUACUGCACAUUUAUGUGUAAACACAACUGGACAUAUGUUCCUGCCAUUUCCUGAAAAGUUGUAUUUUAUUUGCUUUAAGACAAUGCAAUGUUUUCAGUAAUAGUGCUUAAAUAUAUAUAAUACGGAUUAAUAUGUAAACUAUGUUGCCUGGCAAAUGUACUCACUUUUACUUGUGCAUCAGAGUGAUAAUGCAGCUAACUGUAUAUAAGACAGCUAUAAAACAUGAGAUAUUCUUGACAGGAUAAAUGCCAUUUAAAACAUGAAGUGCUCAUGCACCUCUGUAGUGACAUUCAUUUUUUUUUUUCAAUUUAAAGUUUUCUUGUGUUUCAAUCAACCAACAAAACACAUUCACAGAUGUGACAGACUUAAAAAAAACUUUUUUUUUAAACUGAAAAUAAUAAUUUUAAAAAAAAUGUAAAGACUAAAAAAUAAUAAUAAUUUAAAAAAAAAACUUGCAGCAGCACUAUCAAGGUUCUUGUUAGCUAUUUCCAGCCUUAGCUGAGACGACGAGCAAAUAAUUAGUUUUUACAGCACCUUACACAACAUGUAUCUGCUCAUUUCCCUAAUCACCCCAUUCACUCUGUCCAAUGUGAAAUAUAGUUAAGUAGUGGAGACCAGAGUCUAUCAAACUUGGGCUGUCUCUUGUGGAGGUCAUAAGUGAGCUUUUCAAGAGGGAGAAAGUCAACAAUCUGGUCAAUCCACAUUUUAAAUGUAGGAGAAGAAUUAGUGUAGUGACAUUCUAAUGGAGUUGGUCAUAUUUUGAAGUAGAGACGUAGAGGAUUCUGAAGCGCUUGUUUCAAAUGACUUGCUUUUUUUCCCUUAAAUACUUUUGCAUUUCUAAAGGGUAAACUUUUAAUUGGGUGGAUUGGUGUGUGAUUGGUGGUGGAUUGGAUUGGUGUGUGGAUUGGUAUUGGAUUGGUAUUGGAUUGGUGUUGGAUUGGUAUUGGUGGUGUGGAUUGGUAUUGGAUUGAUGUUGGAUUGGUGUUGGA